AUGUCUAUCAAACCGAUUGCAAUUGCUCCUCCGCAACCAUCAACACAAAGGGGUCAAGCAGCACAUCUUUCAUAUGAUGCAGUUAAUGAUAGAUUGGCUUAUGUCAACGGUAAAUCAGUGAUAAUCCGUCCAGCCGAUUUUAAUUCAAAUGCUCCUGUUGUUGUAUUCACUAAACAUAUACAUCCAACCACUGCAGUGAAAUUCUCACCAUCUGGGUUCUAUAUUGCUUCAGGUGAUGAGUCAGGACAGAUCAAAAUCUGGGAUGCUGCGCCAAAGAAGGGUGAGGGUGAAUUUGAACAGCCCAUUAUAAAGAGUGAGUUUCAAGUCAUGUCCGGUCCUAUCCGGUCCAUAGCAUGGGAUGCUGAUAAUUCACGUAUUAUAGCAGUUGGUCAGGGAAAGGAGAAAUUUGGACACGCAUUUUCGUGGGAUACUGGUAAUUCAAUUGGUGAUAUACAAGGGCAUAGUUCUACGAUUAAUGCUGUUGAUAUCAAACCUCAGAGACCAUACAGGGCCGCUACUGUCAGUGAUGACUUUGCAUUGGUCUUUUAUCAGGGCCCGCCAUUUAAGUUUGACAAAAGUUUGAGAGGUAAUCAUACAAACUCAGUUCGUGAUGUCAAAUUCAGCCCUGAUGGAGAGUAUAUAGUUUCUGUCGGCUCUGAUAGGGCGAUAUGCAUUUACCAAGGUAAAACUGGUGAAUUUAUCAAAAAAAUUGAGAAUGGCCACGAUGGAGGGAUUUUUGCUGUCUCAUGGACUCUGGAUUCAAAAAAGUUUGUAACUGCGUCGGCUGAUGGAUCAGUCAGGACUUGGAAAGUUGAUGAAGGCCUCGUGCUGACUCAUAAAGUUGCUGAGAAACCGACUGUUUUUCAGCAAUUAGUUGGUUUAACUGUGACGAAGGAUUACGUGAUUGCUUUAAGCUAUGGUGGUGACUUGACGUAUUUCAAAAAUGGAGAGAUUGUUCAAGUCAUUCAAGGACAUCAAGCACCAAUCACUAAAUUAGCCAUCUCCAAGUCUGAUCUAUAUAGUGGAAGUUCGGAUGGAAAAUUGUUCAAAUUUGAAAUCGAUCCAAAAGGGUUGAAGUCAAAUCCAACUAGACAAGGUGGUGAAGGUGGCGAGCAUAGUAACUACGUAGUUGACUUAUUGUUGGGUGAUGGUGGAUUGUAUUCCAUAGGUUGGGAUGAUGAAAUUAAACAAUGGAAAGAGGGUAAGGUAGUCACCUCUGCGAAAUUGCCAUCACAACCAAAGCAAUUAAACAAGGUGGGCGACAACAUCCUCGUGUUACUUGAAUCAGAGUUGCAGUUAUUCAGUAAGGAUCUUGAAUUGGUAUCCAUGUUAAAGCUUGACUUUUCGAGUACAAACGCAGCUUCAUUAUCAAGCUCACGCUUGUUGGUUACAAAUGCUUCCAAAAACACGAUUGUGAGUGUUGAAAUUGACAACGGAUCAAAACUUUCAAUCUCGUCUCAGGAAUUUCCUACCUUAAGAACUCCACCAACAUUGAUAAAAGUAUCCCCUGAUGGUGAGUUCUUUGCCGUUGCUGAUUCAUCAGGUAAGUAUACCUUGUUUAAAAAUGACGGAUCCGUAGUUUCAACGAGAUGGGCAUUCCACACCAGCAAAGCAUACGACGCGCAAUGGUCCCCAGACUCUAAGUAUUUGGUAAGUGGAGGACUUGAUUGUGGACUUUUAUUAUAUUCAGUUGAGAAACCUUCAAAGGUUGUUAAAUUUCCCCUUGCACAUGCUUCGGGGGUUACAAGUUUAGCAUGGGUGUAUUAUGACAGUGAAAAGCAAACAGGACAGUUUGUCAGUUCAGGUUUAGAUGGUACCAUAAGACAAUGGGAGCUACUUAGAUAG